UGAGAUUUUGCACAAAUGUCACCACCACACAAGUUCAUGUUCAUCACUUGAUAUCUAUUCAUUCUUCAUAUAUCUUUUUGAGUCAUCUUUUUGAGUCGGAAAAAGAAAAGAUGUCACUAAAAAUAAAAAUAGUAGGAGUAGGUGAUGAAGAGUUAACAAGAAAGAUUGAUAUUGUUAAUAUUAGAGAGUAUAUUGAGGAGAGAGAUAGUGAAGAAGUGGAGGAAAUGGAGAGACAAUGUGAGUUUGGGCAGCAACAACAUAGCCAUGGCCAUGGCCAUGCCCAGCCUUCCCUCAUCACUCACCUCUUGGGUGACCCUUUUGCUAGAAUUCGCCAUUUUCCUACUCGCAUCAUGAUGGUUGCUGAAAGUGGUGGAGAAAUAGUAGGGGUGAUAAGAGGAGGCAUAAAAACUGUCAGUAAGGGAAACAAGGUUGGAAAUGAUCUACCUGUUUAUGUAAACCUUGCUUACAUUUUGGGCUUACGAGUCUCUCCCAUCCACAGGCAAAAAGGUAUUGCUACAAAGUUGAUUAAGAAGUUGGAGGAAUGGUGCAAAGGAAAAGGAGCUGAAUACGUAUACAUGAUGACUGAUUGUGCUAAUGAAGCUUCAAUCAAGUUAUUCACUUACAAAUUUAACUACACUAAAUUUUGUUCCCCAACAGUAUUGGUGCAACCAGUACAUGCUCAUCGGAAACCGGUUAACUCCGGCACUGCAAUCGUCCGAAUCCCACGACUAUUAGCCGAGUCUUUAUACAGAAGAAUCUUCGCCAAGUCGGAGCUCUUCCCAAAGGACAUAGACUCAAUAUUAUCAAGCAAACUUCACUUAGGAACCUUCUUAGGCAUGCCCAAAAAGUACUUACAAAAAUGGGAUCCUCAAAAGAAGCUUCUUCCACCUUGCUUUGCUAUAAUGAGUGUGUGGAACACUAAAGAAGUAUACCAAUUACAACUAAAAGGUGUGUCUAAGUUAACAAAGGCUUGUUGUUUAGGGAGUAGAGUUUUGGAUGCACAUAUGCCUUGGCUAAAGGUGCCUUCUAUACCAAACAUGUUUAAGCCUUUUGGGUUCUAUUUCUUGUAUGGCCUUCAUAUGGAAGGGAAAGGGUCAUUAGGGUUGAUGAAGAGUCUAUGUAACUUUGCACAUAACAUGGCUAGGGAUGACGUGGCGUGUGCGGCCGUGGUGGCUGAGGUGGCACAAUGGGACCCAGUGAGUGAGGCUAUCCCACAUUGGAAGAGGUUCUCAUGGAGUGAAGACUUGUGGUGUAUGAAGAAGCUUAUUAAGAAGGUCCCAGAGAAACAAGGGGGUGAUGUUGAUGUUGAUGUUGAUGUUGAUGUUGAUGAUUCUAAACCGUUGGAUUGGGUUACUUCUGCAUCAUCUUCAUCAAUGCUCUUCGUUGAUCCAAGAGAUUUUUGAUUGCUUACAAACCCCACCCCCACCCCCACCCUUAAAAGAAAAAGCUCUCCCCUUUUUUGGGUAGUUAAGCAAAGUGUGAAUGUAAAUAGUGCUUAUCUUAUGGUA